CGAAGUGAAGAUAUGCUAAAUAUACGCCAUGGUAUAUACACAAGUGACGAAAUCAAUUAUGUGUCAAACUUGUACAAUACACAUCUUUCGGAAUAGUACACUUAGACUAAAUGCCGGAAGAGGAGGACAGCGAUAAUUCCUCGGACAAUUGCUCCUCUGAGGACAGACUUGUGUACACUGCGGCGGGGUUGAUUGUCUGUGGGAUCAUCUGUAUGGUGGUGGGAUAUGUGAUCCCCAGGGACUACACUUUUAAUCCAUAUGCACGGGCCCGAGACAUGGAGUCAAUAGAGAUUUAUUACGCCGAUCUCUCUCAAAAACUCGAUCUGACCAUUGUCAUAGGAAUGGCAUUUAUUGCUAUUGGGGGGAUAAUGUUGUCCUCGUUCAUCACUUAUAUAAGCUGUUGCGAGUCUAAAUCAGAAUCCUCUCUACAUACAGAGAGGAGGGCCAUUAGUCUGUCUGGGGGCAGAAACUACGGGACAAGCGGGGUCUCCGGCGCUGAACCUCGCCCAGUACGUAAUGAUAUAGCCUUGUGCGAGAGGUGAGGACUUUGUUCACACAGAGAAGAGGCAGACGAAGAGUCACGGGCGCUCUCAUCACAAGAAAAAAAUUUAUCGGAGUAUUUCAUGUGAAGCAGCAUUUUCUUGAUUAACAUGGUUUAAUGACUUAACUCCAACAAAAGAUCAAACUAUUUCAGAUUAGGAUUAAGUUUCGUUGAUAUCUGAAUUGAUAGUCUUUAUCUAUUUAUGGGCUACUCAUUAUAAAUUCAUUAUAAAAAAUUGUAUUGUUGGAAAAUAACUAAGUAGAAAACAAAAAUGUGCUUCAUUGUUGCAUGUAAAGAUUCAGUUUAUAUGUUGAAAAAGAUGCAUAGAGUGAUAAUUACGAAUGACUUAGUAAAAGAUAAUUUCCAGACACAUUAAGGUGUUAUCCAUCAAGUCGUCUGGAAUGAUGUUUGGAAAUGCUUCUUUAUUAUGUAAUUCAUAACACGGUAGCACAACUAAUUUCAACAUUGAAAUCUUUAUAGCAUCUUCUUUUCUCCUCUUUCCUAUUAUUUUUAUUUUUUUAUUAGCAGCUUUAAAGGUUGCACUGCAUUACUUAAAACUCUUCAAGGAUAUGUCUAGGAAACAAAAUACUAGACCAUCAUAUCAGAAAAAUCAUGUACUGGAAUUCUUAAAUAAAAGAAUAAAGGGUCAUUUUAAACAGAAUUCUGUUGUCAUAUCAAUAUCCACAAAAGCAAAAUCAAUCCUUAUUCUUGCAUUUCACAGUUAAAGUUAAAAUUUUAAUCAAAAGAUUCCAAUUUUUUCUGGACCUGUACUAAGUUUGUAUCUUCCUGAACAUCUGCUAGAAAACCAUUGAAAAUGUAUGACUAAUGGAGAAUUGAAGAAUAGAUAUGUAAUUUUCAACACAGUCAAUUUA